AAUGCUUCACGAGCGCCUGUCCACAACUUAAUCAACAACUACGGCACUCAAAACUUGACAGUCUCUUUAAAAUGGCUAGAAUGGAGCACUUGAAUUCUUUUUUUAUCGAGCGGUUAAUGUCAGUCGCUGGAGAGAUAUUUGAAGCAGUUAAAGACACGGUUUCUGAGUACCAGGAAGAGAUAGAGAGAACUAAGCAAGAGAACCGCCGCCUGAGGGAAAUACUGACCGAGAUUAGCCUUAGCGCUAGCAGCGAGAUUCGAGCAGCAGAUGUACGACACAGUCGUGCUGGUGGAGCUCCUCUUGAGCAAGACUCCAACCAAAGGCCCCUGAACUCGGAUCCUUCAGUAUUGCAGCUGAAGCUGGAGCUUGCCACCAUAAAGCAGGAGGCUGAGCCACAGCUGCCACUGAAUGAUGCCCCUACAAGCACUUCUCCUUGUGCACAGAGUGCCCAUGACACAUGGACUAGCCAUGCAGAUGGAGUACUUCUUGAACAGCAAAACAGCAGCCAGGGCCCACAGGACCCAGAGCCUGCACUAAUACAAGUGAAGCUUGAACUCGCCACCUUACAGGAUGAACACGGGCCUCCACAGCUCUUGACCAAAGAAAAGCAUGGUGGUGACCAGGAGCCAGAUCGCUGUGUUUCAUUUAAUGCUUUGGGUAUGGAAGGAAGAAAAGAUGACUGUCUACGCAGGGACUCCUUUAUCGCGAUCAAGUUAGAGCCAUGCAACUCCCAAGUGCCACAGUUGUCCUCAGCUCAGAUUCAGAGUGGUCAUCACCUGGAUUCUAUGGAAUCUGAGACAGGGAUCUGUCCCAGGCCUCACUGUAACCAAAUAUGCGAUGAUCUAUCCAGUGUAGCAGCGCACUCCCAAAGCCAUUUACCUGAGAAAGCUUUCACCUGUUCUGUGUGUGAUAAACCAUUAAGUAGAGCCUGGUUAUUGAAGAAACACAUGAUUACGUGUCACAAAGAAAGACCGUACCGCUGUGACUUGUGUGGAAAGAGCUAUGGUGAUGCUCAUGUGCUUAGAGUCCAUCUCAAAACUCAUUCCACAGAGAGACCCUUUCGGUGUAAUUCCUGUGGCAAAAUGUACAAGAAGAAAAGUCAUUUGAAGGACCAUGAGAGGACUCACACGGGAGACAAGCGCUACAGCUGCUCGGCAUGUGGAAUGUGUUUUAUUUGGACAAACCAGGUCAAGGUACACAUUCAGAAUCAUCAUCGUGGGCAGUUGGCUACAGUUAUUAAGAAAUCUAUAGCAUAAAUGUGAAAUUGACAGUGUUUAGUUUAUGUCAGGGAUUCUCUCCUUUUGAAGUUGGGCCUUAAAAGCGUUAUGAAAUUUUUUUGGAAGCUGUAAGAUGGCACACCAAUAACCACUUAUUUUUUUGUGUGUGUGUGUGUGUGUGUGUGGAAGCCUUAACUGGGCCAUAGUUAGAUCUUCUUGCAGGACAGCAUCUAAACACAGAAUCUGAAGAUUCUGGAGAGGUUCUCUAUGGAGGAAUGGUCUCAGAUAGUUUGCCAUGUGUUCUCAAGUCUCAUGAAGACUCAGAGAAGACUCAGAGCUGUUGUCUUUGCAAAAGGAGGCUGUCCAAAGUAUUAAGCAAAGGGGUGCUGAAAAUUUUACAUAGAUUCGACAUGCAUUUGAGAAAAAAUGUUCAUAGUAAAAUUUCAGUUUUUGUUGUCUGGAUGGCAGCAUAUGUUGCCAAAACAUGUAUCUAUUGUUCAGCAUUAUUAGUGCCUUCACAGAUGUGUAUGUCACCCAUACCAUGUGCACUUAUG